GGCGGGGCCUGCGUAGGAGAGGACGCCGGGGGCGGGGCGAGACCUACAACUGUAGCUGGGUGACCCUCCUCUGUCAGGCCGGGCGGCCACGCUCCGCCCCGAAAGGACCUCAGGUACACCAGCUGGAGGGCCUGGAGUCGGGAGCCCAGAGCAGCAAGAUGGAAUCUCCCAGUGAGCCCGAGCCCAAAGGCAUGUUUGAAUGCCAGUUGUGUGGCCUGACUGCGCCGUACAGCUACGUGGGGCAGAAACCUCCCCAUACCCGUACUGUCGUGCUCCUGGAGGAAUGCUAUGUGCUAAAGGACCCUUUCACCUCAGACAGAGACAAAUUCCUCAUCCUUGGUUCUCAGUGUAGUCUCUGUAGCAAGCUGGUGUGCGUGGGCCUGGAGUGCAGCUUAUUCUACUCGAAAAGAUUUUGCCUCCCCUGCGUUCAUGAGAAUCUCAGUGCUUUCCCUCUGGAGAUACGGCAGGAUGUGGAGAAGAGAUGCUCUCUGUCCAAAGUUACUUCCAGGAAGCUUGACUCGAGGACCUAAUGGUCAGGCCGUGGCUGCCCCUCGCUGUCAGGACACUUUUCUUCCGUUUUGUUCCUGUGAACAGAAGAGCCUCCAUCGGCCGUCAUUGUGGUCUCUAAAGGGGGCUAGAGGUGUCCGGGUGGCCAAGCCCCGAUUAGAGGGUGUCUUCAUAUUGCUGGUCACUGUUUCCAACCCCAGAAACCAGUGGGAAUUCUGGUUUCAGUUGUUGUGAAUAAGUCUAAUCCAGAGGCUUCUUUGCAGUAGGCCCCAGAGUUAGUCCCAAGCCACUAUGGGCCCAAAGGUGCUGCACAGUGCCACUGAGCGAGGCCCCUCUGAGCAGGACAGUCCUUGCCUUUGGCACCCAUCCAUGGUGGCUGAGAGAGAAGAAGGGAGAAACAGAUGAGAGCAACAAGAGACCCAGUCCUUUGGCCAGAGGCCCACCCCCUCUUCUUCCUCUGGCAGGGGAGGCAAGCACCAGCUUUCUCCGCCAGCCUUAGGCCCAGGCCUCCUGCAACCAUCCUCUUUUCCCUUCACACUCGUGAUGGAGGAUCUCCUUUGCCUCCCAACAGUGCUUGGGGAGAAGCUGUCCAGGGUGGUUGCCCCUCUUGGCACCACUUUCUAUGAAAUAUUGCGUGUUAUUCCCAUUUUCACAUAUUUGGCUUUUUCAGGCCCAGUAGCAGUCUAAGUCAGCAUCAUGCUAGGGAGGGCACACCAGAAAUGUACCAGAGACUCUCCACAGUCACCAUAUUCCAUCUUUUCCUCCUCCAGGCCGGGCCCAGGCCCAUUGACAGGGGCAAGGACAGGGGAAGGGCCCUGCCUUCCUGGCUUGGAUGACUUUUGGUUUACUGAGAGGUUCAUGCUGGGAUUGGAUGUGACCUAUUUUAAAAUGGCCCUGUUUUUAGAAGGAAAGAGUGGCAUGUUUUGCCUGAUGGGACUGGAUUUAAUUCUAGCAUCGUGUUGUUAUGCCAAGCCUUAUGCGUGCUGCCUGAGUUAAGAGACUUUGAGGAUUACAGGGGAAAGAGCUCCAGGUUUCAAUCCAGUCUCUGUCAGUAGGUACUGGUUACUGAGGGAAGCCUAGAGAACAAGAGGAGUCUCACUUCCCACAGAGCACCAGCUGCUGGGAUCCGGGGAAACAUUUCAUCCCAUCGAGUGAACAGAUCACGAAUAAGCCGCCAAUUGACUUUUAAAAAUAGUUUAUUCUUUUAAAAACCUUUUAAGGCAAACCGUACCUUGAAAUUAGCUUUUUACAUUCAUCAGUCUUACGGUGUGACAUCCCAAGAACACAGGUUCCUAUAAAGUCAAGCUAGAAAUCCUUAGUGGAUACUCUCAGUUCCGUCUCCUCUUAGUGAAUGUGUGCUCAUACAAGAGAUAACACAUUGGAAAUGGCUCUAGACCUGUUUCUACUGUGCCAAACAGGAGACAGCCAUGCUGCAUCGCUGGGAAUAGAAAAAGGCCAUCUCCCUUCCUCCCUCCUCCCUUCUGCAAGUGUCCGACGGCAGCUUGGCACUCAGGGCUUCCCUGUUCCUGAGGUCUUUGAACUUUUCAUUUCAGCCCUGUUCCAUCCCUGGCCUGCCGUCAUCCAAGAUCGUGAGAGACAUUCAUCUGCGUUAGUGGGGUUAUACACGGAAGCUUCCUCAGUAGCUGCUCCUUUUGAAUUAUCCCUGUUUAGUAGUGUUAUGAAUGAACAACCUUCACCAAACUUGGCGACAUUUUCAGGGCAGUAAAGGCACCUAAGAAGUUUUGAGAUAAAUGUAAGAGAUAAACCAAGAGACAAAAUACCUCACUCCGGAAAUUGGCAAUUUCUGUCCAGGUCCAGUGAGAUCCUCCCUCUUGGAGGUCCUGGCUUAGUGGAAGCGAAAAGAAACAUGGGCAUUUUUAUGAGUCAGCCGAAGAAAGGGCCAUGACACCAGGGGGCACACACUGCCUUUGGCAGCAUGGCAUGAUGAGCCAAGAACUUGAUGGAUCUCAGGAGUGUUGCCUGCAGUCACAAUUCUGUGGCCUUCCCUCUUAAUGACUGAGCGCAGAGAUGUAAGCUUCUACAGGGGACAGUUUUCUUUGGUAAGAAUACUUGAUAAUAAACAGCAGCAGCAGAGAGAGAGAGAGAGAGAGAAUUGGGUCACCUUUGUUAGGCAAACAGUAUUUAGUGAAAUGUUGGUCAGCUGAUUGAAAGAAAGAAUAGCCAGUUUGUGCAAACUGGCCAUUGGACAUGGCAGGUCUUGCCCUGGUUAGUUGGCCAAUAAGAAUCGACCAAGUGCCUACUAUGUCCAGGCACUUAAGUUAAUGCAACAGACUAAGAUGAAAUCAAUUUUGGGUGACUAAGUAGAAAUGAAAUGUUCCCUAAUAAAAGUCUUAUUUCCAACAUGUAGAAGGAGCUGACUCAAAUUUAGAAUUCCCAAUUGAUAGCGAAAAGGAUAUGAACAGGCAGUUCUCAAGGGAAGAAAAUAUGAGCUUUCACAGCCACGUGAAGAAAUGUUUCAGGUUACUAAUGAUUAAAGGUUCUUCCUCACAUCCAUGUGAUUGAGAAAGUUGACAAAAGAGCAAAAUGGCAAAUUUUGGAGAGGCUAUGGAAAAGCAGGUCCAAUGAUGCUCUGUUGGUGGAGAAUGGUCCAGCCAUUCUGGAAAGCAAUUUAGAACAGUGCCUAAAAAGUCAGUAUAGAUGCAUACUCUUUGGUCGAGCAGUAAUACCUUUACUUGGCUUAUACCUCAGAGAGAUCAAAGAAAGAAGAGUUAGAAACCAUCAAGUAGGGAGUACCUGAACUAAUUAUGGCUUAUGAAUGCAAUGUCUUGUGUGUCAAGAAAUAAAAAAAGAUGUUUCCAGAGAAACCUGGGAAGACUCUUCUGAACUGACUUAGGGGCAAGAGAUCAGAACCAGAAUGCUGUGUACAGUAACAACAUUGUAAAGAUAAGCAACUUUGAAAGACUUAGGAUCUUGGGUCAAUGAAAUGGCCAACCACGAUUCCAAAGGACCAAGGUUAGUACAUGCUGCCUACCUCCUGGUAGAUUGGGGAUGGAAUCUCUGCACAAUGAGACAAACAUCUGUGGACCUGACCAAUGUGGGGAUAUGUUUUGCUUGACUGCAUAUUUGUUACAAGAGUUUUGUUCUUCCUUUCUUUUCCCCAUUGGGGGAGAAAGGGAGGUGAAGAUAGAAAAUAAAUGCCCGUUAAUUGGAAAAAAAGAUUUAAUUAAAAAAGAAAUGCCAUAGCUUUUAAAUCAAAAUGACCAGAACUUUGCGUUGUUCCACCUACUUUGUAUUUCUAAUCUGCCAGAAAACCACACACCUUAUUGACAUUGUAAGAAUUCACAGAAGACGCAGAUUUAAAAGCCUAUCAUGUACAUCACGGAUGUUACUUUGGUUGAUUAAAGUACCUUUGCAUCAUGGGAUUU